CAAAUGUCAUGUCAAUUGGGUUUUCACAUUAGUUUGGAAAUAGGUAGCGGUAAAUUUUGCGCAAAAAUAAAAGUAUUUACUUUAAUAAGUCACUCAAUUUAAAAAAAAUAUUUAAAUUAUUUAUAGCAAGCGACAUUAUCUACAGAAAAACGCAUCAUGUUGAUCAAAGUAAAGACACUAACAGGAAAAGAAAUCGAAAUCGACAUUGAGCCCACAGACAAAGUGGAUAGAAUUAAGGAGCGUGUGGAAGAAAAGGAAGGAAUACCUCCACAACAGCAGCGACUUAUUUUUUCUGGCAAGCAAAUGAAUGAUGACAAGACUGCCGCCGAUUACAAAGUACAAGGUGGAUCAGUGCUUCAUUUGGUCCUGGCGUUGCGAGGUGGGCUCCAUUUAGUUAAGGCAUAGAAAAAAUGAACUAAUAUUAAAAUUAAAUAACGAAAAAGCUAAUAUGUUGUGAAGCUAAAACAUGGUUAACUAAGUGUUUGCGACGCAAAAAUCUAAUUUUCGUAAAAAUAUUCUCAAUGAUAUGGUGUUUGUACGCGUUGAUGAAAUAAAAGAAAAAUAAAUUUUGUAA